UCCUUAUUCCUCCUGACUUCCGAAGCUUCAACUCCACAGGCAACUGCUGACGAUAAGCAAUUUGAAACCUCCCGGGCUAUUAAUUAUCGGUAAUAUCGAUUGCCUCAUGCAUUCCACACCCAGACCGCACACCAAAUCAACCCUUCUCACUCUCCGCCCUCCCAGCACUGAACAAAUGUCUGACAAGGCGACAACAACAACAACGGAAACCCCGUCGGAGGCUACUCAGUCCGGGGUAUCUCAAACCAGCCAGCAGCCCGGCGCUACCACUUCACAGCCGACAGGUGCCGGCGUCAACACGGGUGCAGGGAUCACACGGCCAAAGACAGAGGCCGAGAUUGAUGCCGACAGGCGCUAUGAGGAGGCUAUUGAGGAGGAGUAUGCCAAGCGCGAGGGCGGCGCAUAGGGGAUUCGCUUGAUGCGAGGUGCUUGUUCAACGUCAUCGUCCUGGAAAGACUUCAUGAAUCCCAACUCUGUUACAUUUGCACCUGUACCAUCCUACAGUCACCCUAUUGGUCAACAAACACAAGAGACAACACGUCAAUUGAGUGAAUACUAGGUACUAGUUGAUGCAUUACAUGUAUACCGGCCCGUCAUCAAGACACUUCCCCGG